AUGAACAUAUGGGGAGUCGAUCUGAGAAAGACGUAUCCCAAUUGCUCACAUGUUACGUCUUCUUCUCUGCUUGCUAACUUGGGCACGACAGUGACUUACGAGUUUGAAGUCCAACGAAGAUAUGCAAAUAUGCAUUUCAGUAUAAGACGGCGGAGUCAGCAACCGAUGUAUCUGAGACGAAGCCGGACCAAAGCAUUGAGUGCAGUUAUCCUCCAUAACUAUCUUUUCUAUAAGUACGCUCUUACGCCAAUUUGGAAAUCGUGGAAAUAG